UCUCCACCUUGCCACAGUAGGAAUUUAAUUAUUUAAAUUUUUUUUAACAAUUUUGAACUGAUUAUUGACAAAAUUAAACAAAAACCACAAAUAACUGCAUCUUUUGUCAAAAGCUGUUGCGAAAUCGGGCUUUUUAGUGUGCAACAAGCACAAAAAAAAUGCUUUGAAAUCCUGGAGGGACUGGUUUAGAGUAGAUAAUAUAUUAUAAACAGGAAGAUUGUUGUUGAUUGUUUAAUAUGUUGUGUUCUUGCAGCAGUUCUAAUACAAAAUCAAUGGGCAACAAAAUACUGAGGGGCAAAGGCGUUAAACCAAUAACAACUAAUUUCCUCUCUGUUUGGACUGAACUUAUUUGAGCUUAAUAAGUGAAAUGUCACAGGUAGGGGUGUGAUGUGUCAUUUGACAGUGCAAUGGAAAGCAUAUAAAUAGCCUGUGUGUUAAAUCAAACCCUGCAGACCAGCUCUGCCUUCAUAGCAACAUGAAUAAGCUUUAACCUGAAGCCACCUUGACAAGGAAAAUGGGUUUCUGAGUUUUACCUUUUUAACAGGAUGUCUCAGUAUGAAGACUGUUGCAUUUAAUCUGAUGUAGGAAUAUAAAUGAAGUUAUUUGACUUGCAACAAUUGCUACAACUUUAUACUUAAGUGUCAUGUCAUCUCAGUCUCUCUCAAACGUCUCUGCUGUGCUGCAGUAUGAAGACUUUUUGGAAAGAGUGAUUACUUUUACUUUAUGCACAGUCCCUGCCUGUGUGUUUCUCUUUGUCAAUGGGGUCAUGUUGUUCAUCUUAAGGAGUAAACCUGUUUUUCAUGACAGCUGCCGUUAUAUUCUGCUGUAUAAUCUCCUUCUUGCAGAUACUGUUCAUCUAGUAGUGAGCCAGAUUUUGUUCCUACUUGGUGUUUGUAGAAUAAUUCUAACAUAUCCUGUUUGUGGUACAAUUACAACAUUUGCUAGUCUCAUAACUGUAAUCUCUCCUCUCACACUGGUAGUAAUGUCUCUGGAGAGAUAUGUAGCUGUGUGCUUCCCAUUGAGGCAUGCCUCCAUCAUCACCAUCAGAAACACUAGAGUAGCUGUUAUUGGACUCUGGGCCUUUGGUUCAUUACACAAUCUCACUCGUGUUGUUUUGAUGUUAGAUUUUCCCUUUGAAAAGCUGGAGAGUCUACAGAUGAAAGGUUUGUGCUAUGACUUUGCUAUGUUGGUAGGAUCAAAGUCCAAUGAUUAUGAUAAAUCCUUCACGAGCUUUCUGUUUGUAUCAUCUGGUGUUGUAAUUGUUUCCUCCUACAUCGGUGUUAUAAUAGCUGCAAGAUCAGCUUCUACAGACAAAGCUUCAGUUCUGAAGGCUCGUAACACACUGUUGUUGCAUCUGGUGCAGUUGUGUUUCAGUCUGUCUUCGACCAUUUACAGCCCAGUUCUUGUAUCUCUUAAAAAAAUAUUAGCAGGGAUUAUAUUCAUGCGAUUACAUAUAUUUUUGUAUAUAGUAAUUAUUUUAUUUCCCAGGUGUCUGAGUUCACUUAUAUACGGCCUCAGAGACCAGACCAUCAGACCUGUUCUCCUGCACCAUCUAUGCUGUCGACAGAAAGUCUAAAUUGUUUCAUCCUGUGGCUGAAAAGACCGCACAAGGUGGUGAAAAACAGAAAAAGUUUCACAAAGCGCCUCGUGAUUUUUAUCUUGAGAGGCGCUAUAGAAAUGAUAUUUUCUUCUUCUUUCUUCUUCAAAUGUCAUGGUUUUAAUACUAUAGCUAAAACAUAUUGAUAAAAAUGGAUAACUUUAAAAAAUGUGUAUGUUUCAGUUUUUUGUUAGUAAAAAUGUUGAAAAAUAUGUUUGAAUUUCAAAUUUUUUGCUGCAGUGAUUUUAAAAUUUUCAGCUGAAACUUGAAAAUUCCAUCUUGCUUCUCACUCUAAAUGUUUCUUGUGAUUAAACUUACUUUUUCAAUGAUCGCUUUUAAAGUGAAGACAAAGGCAUUGUCUAACUGGUAAUGUGGUAGAGUCUGAGACCUAAUACAGCUAGAACCUCGCCUUUUACAGCCUCUACAUUUAUGGUCCUUCCAUUUUCUGUAAUGAAGUAUGAACAGGCGCUAGAGCAGGAGGGAGGGAGGGAGAGAGAGAGAGAGAGAGAGAGAGAGAGAGAGAGAGAGAGAGAGAGAGAGAGAGA